UAAAUGGAAGGAAGUUUUGGUUUGGUUCUCUGCUUCAGGAUUACAUUUCAAAUACACACAAGAACAGGAAGAAUCAAAGAGAGAGAGAGAGAGAGAGCGAGAGAUUUGGCUUAGUGCUUAUACAAAUCUUUACAGUUUAACAAGCUUAUAUAUAUAUAUACUGUAUAUACGCGUUUCUCUCUUUCAUUCUCUUUCUUUUUCUCUCUCUCCGCCUGUUCAUGGUGAUCGCGGUUGAGGUAGAGAAUAGGAAUCAUCAUCAUCAGAGGGCGGUAGGUCCGCCGGGAAUGCGACUGGGGAAAUACGAGUUGGGAAGGACUUUAGGAGAAGGAAACUUUGGGAAAGUCAAACUUGCUCACGAUCAUAAAUCCGGUAAUCUCUUUGCUCUCAAAAUUCUCCAGAAGAACAGAAUCAUCAACCUCAACAUCACCGAUCAGAUUAAGAGAGAAAUCGCUACCCUCAAGCUCCUCAAACAUCCUAACAUCGUCCGAUUGCAUGAGGUCUUGGCAAGCAAAACCAAGAUUUACAUGGUCUUGGAAUAUGUCACUGGAGGAGAAUUAUUUGAUAGAAUUGCAAAUAAAGGCAAAGUCACAGAAGCUCAAGGCAGAAAGCUCUUCCAACAAUUAAUUGAUGGGGUCAGCUAUUGCCAUAGCAAGGGUGUUUUCCAUCGUGAUCUUAAGCUAGAGAAUGUUCUUGUGGAUGCCAAAGGGAACAUCAAGAUUUCUGAUUUUGGUCUCAGCGCACUGCCACAGCACUUCAGGGAUGAUGGUUUACUGCAUACAACUUGUGGAAGUCCCAACUAUGUUGCUCCAGAGAUUCUUGCUAAUAGAGGGUAUGAUGGAGCUACCUCGGAUAUAUGGUCAUGUGGUGUUAUCUUGUACGUAAUCCUUACCGGAUAUCUUCCUUUUGAUGAUAGAAAUCUUGCAGUUCUCUAUCAAAAGAUAUUGAAGGGUGAAGCACUGAUACCCAAAUGGUUAUCUCCUGGCGCACAGAACAUGAUUAGGAGAAUUCUUGAUCCCAACCCCGUUACCCGGAUAACAAUGGAAAGCAUCAAAUCAGAUGAAUGGUUUCAGCAGUGUUAUGUUCCUCCAAAUGCCUACGAAGAAGAAGAAGAAGAAGAUACAUACGUUGACAAUGAUGAUGCCUGCUCAAUCCACCAUGUGACAUCUGAAGAAGAGAAUAGGACUUCAGAUUCGCCGGUUUUAAUCAAUGCCUUUCAACUCAUUGGAAUGUCCUCAUGUUUAGACCUUUCGGGUUUCUUUGAGAAAGAGGAUGUCUCAGAGAGAAAAAUCAGAUUUACAUCCAAUUAUUCUGCAAAAGAAUUGCUUGAGAGGAUCGAGGGUAUUGUAAUAGAGAUGGGAUUUUGUGUUCAGAAGAAAAAUGGAAAGUUGAAACUAAUGCAAGAACACAAGGGCCAUAAAAGUUCCGGUUGUCUUUCACUUGCAGUAGAGGUGUAUGAGAUUAGCCCUUCCUUGUUUGUAGUUGAAUUAAGAAAAUCAUAUGGAGAUGCUUCUGUUUAUAGACAGUUGUGUAAAAAGCUUUCAAAUGAUUUGGGUGUUCCCUCAAGCCAAGAGAUCUUGACCAAAGAAGUCUGAAAGUCAUUUGAUUCGUUUCUAAAUCGAAGAACAAAGUAUAUAACCAUAUGAUAUAAACGCACCUCAUGUAUAUGUUUUUUUUUAAUAAAAAAGAAAAGAACAUGUAUAUGUGAGACUAGCAAUAUUUAGAGGAAUUAGUUAAUUUUUUUCUUUUUUCCUUUUGAAAGUGUGGAAUUAGUUCAUUCAGGCCGCAGCUAAUUCCUUAUACCAAUGUAAAGAAAUUACAAUUAUUCAUAUAAAUACAUAUAUUAUAUAUGAGUAAUGAUAUGUGCACUCAAAAUAUGCACUCAAAUAUUAUAUAUAGUGACGUGUCACUAUUUUUUAAAACAGUGAGUCACAGUUUUAAUAAAUGUGAUUGGCUAGGUUAAACUGUCACCUCACUGUGUGUAAUAUUUGGAUGUAUAUUUUGGGUGCACAUAUCAUUACUCAUUAUAUAUUUAGAUAUUCAAGGUAUAA